AUGAGGCAGACGCGGGACGGCAGCUUACUCUUGGAGCUUCCAAAGAGGGCGAGCUCCACCACCGCGGUUAAGAACUUAGUGUCGGCCAUGUCAGACAGGCUAGGACAAUCCAUCGGCAAGGUCCACCAGCUCGGUGUACAGGUGGAGGUAGAAGUCCUGGACAUCGACGCUGCAGCCACAAGCCAGGAGGUGCUGGAGGCCCUCCGCAACGCCAUCCCAGGGCAGGACGACCCGACGUCGAAGGUCGACCGAAUAUGGUGCACCCGAUCCGGUCAACAGAUCGCCACGGCGGAGAUGCCCAAGCACCUGGCCUCCGCCAUCACCAGGGUCCCGAUCAGGUGGACCAUGUGUCGAGUGCGCCCUAGGACCCUCGCCCCGACCAGAUGCUUUCGCUGCUAUGCGUUCGGCCACAACACUCGGGACUGCAAGGCUGCCGACAGAACCGGGGCAUGCUGGAGGUGUGGCGUCAUCGGGCACGCCAUGAAGGACUGCGUCGAAGCCGACGACCGCUGCGUCGCUUGCGAGUCUGCUGGACUCCCGAAGGUUUCGCACGAACCAGGCUCAGGCGCCUGCACCGCGAGAAAGAUGUCGGGAGGUUCCAAACCAGGCCAAUGA